AUGGCUCCAAAAGCUGAGAAGAAGCCCGCUGAGAAGAAGCCGGCAGAGGAGAAGAAGACGGUAGCAGAGAAGGCACCGGCAGAGAAGAAGCCAAAGGCAGGGAAGAAGCUCCCCAAGGAAGGGGCGCUGCUGCCGGAGACAAGAGGAAGAAGCGGCAAGGCUAUGGGAAUCAUGAAUUCCUUCAUUAAUGAUAUUUUCGAGAAGCUUGCCCAGGAAUCCUCCAGGCUUGCCAGGUACAACAAGAAGCCCACUAUUACAUCGAGGGAGAUCCAGACUGCUGUGAGGUUGGUGUUGCCUGGAGAGUUGGCUAAGCAUGCUGUUUCUGAGGGUACCAAGGCUGUGACUAAGUUUACUAGCUCUUGA